AUGGCUAUCUCUGCAAUCACCGGUACUUUAAAGAGAAGAAUCAUAUUAGACAUCACUAUUGGAUUCAGUUUAGGAGGCUUAAUGGCCUCAUAUUGGUGGUGGGGUUACCACAAGGUAUUGAUUAAUAAAAGAGAAGCAUAUUACGCAAAACUAGCAGCUGCUAAGGAAUAG